UUUUUAUUCCAUCCUUGUGCGCUGUCAUUGCUCCGCAGAACAAAGGAAUAAAUACAUAUUACAUAUCGUUUUGAUAAAAUUAUUCGCGACGCAACGGAAUAGGUAGUUAUGGUCGAGCACUCGUCACGGGUUAUCGUAUCACUCGAUGUUUGACAUCACUAGCGCGCGUGUUCGAAAUUUGAAUUUUGUUUUAAUUGAGCGCGGAGUUUAAAAAAAAUUGUGUAAAUAGUGUUGUUGACGUGUUCAAAGUUUAUUCAGUGAUAUUUAUUUUAGUUAUCUGUGUUUGUUCUUUAAAUUGAGUGCAGUGCUUGGAAUAGCAUAAGAAUUUGGCGUUCUCUUAUGGAUUUUUGCCAAAGUGAAACGACAGGAAUUCAAUUUUUCAUGGAUAUGUAUCUAUAUGUAUACAUGAGAGCGAGCGACGGUGUCCGUCGCUGCGUAUAACAUGCGCUCCAUCCUGGCGUACUACGCCGACGCGGUAAUGGCGGCGGCGGCGCGCGGCGCGGGCUGCGCGCUCGGCUGCAGCGGCCGCGGGGACUGCCUCAACGGCACCUGCCUCUGCGAGAUCCGGUACUCGGGCGACGAGUGCGCCGGGCCCAACAUGCCUUACCAUGCAUGUAUCGGCGGCGUGUUCCUCCUAGUCGCCUUCGUGUGCGCCGUGCAACUAACGAUAUGCAUAGUGUCGGAGUACAGAAGACUCAAGGCGCCCACCUUCCUUAGGGCCUGCAAGGUCACCACUCAGAAGAUGCUGUACCUCGUCGCGUUCCUCGCCUCGCUCAUACGCGGGGCCUACUUCGUGUCACCUUCAGCGUUCCAAGAGGGCUGGGCGACGAGUCUUCUCUCCGCUUACUAUCCAUUGCUCCUGUCUGGCUCUUCGCUCAUCGUCUGCUUCUGGGCCGAGGUGUUCCACCUCCGCGAUAUCCGCUGGGAGCGGCCCCGGUUCCUGUCCAAGUCGUUCCUGGCGUUCGUGACCUUCAACCUGAUCAGCUACUCGCUGCUGGCGGCCGAGGUCGUCACCACCAACGUUGCCGACACCACUGCUAAAGAGAAAAGCUUCUACCAGCACGUGUUCAACGGCUGUUACGCGGUGCUCCUCUUCAUCGUGGUCACCUUCUUCCUCAUCUACGGCGUCGAAGUCUAUUUCAAGCUUCGCGGCGAAUUCCUCAAGGAGACGAAGGUGUGCACAGUGAUACAGCCGCGUCCGGGAACGUCAUCCGCGGCAGAUGAUGACGCGCAAGCCACGCUCGUCACCAAGCAGGGCGUCCAAACGGACAUGUCUCGCGGCGGCGCAGUCGAUCCCCGCUCGGUGGACCACUCCCAACUCCACCAAUCCAGGGUCGGGCUCGUCAGCCAGGCUUUGAUGCUGAUCCUCAUUGCUGGGUUCCUCGCGUCGGAGACGCUCAGCGAGCUGUGGAAGACCAAAGUCCCAGUGGUGUCCCGCAACUGGCACGACCUUGUGUUCCGCCUCGCCGAGAUCGGGGUCGCGCUAUGGUUCCCCUGCGUCCUGUGGAACUCCAUGGCACCCGAGCGACUCUGGCUGCUGAACCCUCGGCGCCUGCUGGCGCGCCAGCUCGACGAUGCCAAGCUGCAGGAGUUGUUGCAGCAUCACCAGGACGCUAAGCAGUCAGACGUCGAGACAGACUCGCUGGUGGGCAGCGUCGGUUCCGCGCGCGACUGCUGGAUUUGCUACGACAGCUCCCGACCGGAGCCCCUCAUCCACCCCUGCCGCUGCACCGGCGACGUGUCCGCCGUGCACCACGACUGCCUCAGCCGGUGGCUAGCAGAGAGUGUCAAGACACCUGACGGCUUGAAAUGCAAGGUGUGCAACACGCCCUACAUCGUCCAGGAGACCAGCAGGGUGGAGUGGGAGCGCGGUUUCACGGUGGUGCACUGGGUGCGCACGGCGCUGUGCGUGGCGUGCAUGUGCGGCGCCGGCGCCGCCGCCUGGGUCGCGGUGCAGCUGUCCACAUCCCCAGUAGUGAGGGUGCUGGCCGCCGGCGCAGCCUCGCUUGUGUGCUACGUGGCUGUGAGAUUCCUCGGCAUGAACACGGUAACGGCCUAUCAGAAGGCCAAGAUCUCCUCUCUCCGGAUUCUCACCGAACCAACGGAUGCCGCACAAGACGACCAGCUAGCGACCAUCAGCAAGACGGUCACCGUCGAGAUCGCUUCCAAAGCGGUCCUCGAGCGAGCUCUAAAGGGGGAGAUCAAUAAAUAAAAAUAUUGUGAACAGUGACUUUAAAAACUGAAGUGACACCAGAAUCAGAAGCUAGACGGCGCAAUCAGUUAAUCAGUGAGAAGAUUGAUCCCAAAGUGGUCCUGUGCUCUAUGAAUAAACUGUGUAAUACUGUUGUGAACAUGUGACAUCUUUAAAAACAGCAAAGUGAUAUGAAUUAUCACGCUAGAUAGCGCAAAAAGUACUAGCGAUCAUCAGGAAGACAGCCACCGGGCUUCUAAAGCGGUUGUUAAACGAACUCUAUAGGGGUCGAUCAAUAAACGGCGGUUGAAAGUGUUGUAAAACUGCGUUUUAAGGACUCGAACGAUUGAUAGCACAGAUAAUUAUUGUCUGCAAAAUGUGGUUGCCACCCCUAAGGACUGGCCCCAGUUUAUCAAAAGCUUGUAACUUGUAAUACAAGCGGAUGUCACUUUUUGACAGUUUUUGUUAGAAAAGGACUUCCACUUGUAUUACAAGUCACAAGCUUUUGAUGAUCAGGGCACUGAUGUGAACAUCACAACAUCAUAGUGGUCUUGGGACGCCCCUAAAAAUGUCAGUGACCCAUGUCGCUUGCAGGUAAUCUGGUGAAUGGCAGCCCUGAAUAUUGUUCGAGUGAUAUAGGGACCGUGCGCGUUGGAGGGUCUGCCAUCUUGUGGCCUGAAUCGGAAACAUACGAGUAUGUGCACAUGUACAUUGCCAAAGCAAGUGCUACCAUCUACCGUUCUCGUCGGUACGUUUCCUUGUGCGUAGUAGGUUCUGCUAUCUUGUGGGCUACAUCGGAAGCAUAAACGACACAGUUACGCCUCGCGCCAAAAAUCUGACGGCUCCUAUGCUGCCCCCUAUAGUUCAUGGCCUAUAACUAUAUCUUCGUGCAAAUGAUUAGGGUUGUCACGCUAAGAAAUUGCAUCAGCAAAAAUGACUGUUAUGAUCAAUUUUGGUUUGUGAAAUUUGCAGUAUUCUACUGUCGAAAGCGAGAUGAUAUUCAAAGUGAAACGUAAAAUUAAUGUGUGACGAUAAACUUAUACGUUAAAUGUUACGUUAACCGAUUAAAGACAUUUUAUCUAUAGUAAAUCUUGGGUAACAUUUAAACAAAAGUUAAGUAGAAGUAUAUAAUGAGGGGGUCCUUCCUUUAUGGACAGUCAGCAGCAGUUGCUAAGCGGGCGAGGUGUUCAAAAUGAUAUUGACGCGACUUUAUUGUUAAGAGAAUAAGAGCGUGUCAAGGUAAUUCUGAACACCUGUGUCCGUGUGUUCCGAUGUCUUUGGCCUUAUCCGCUGUUAUUUCGUCAGGUGACAAGCAAAACUCACUAAUUACCACCACAAGUUCAUAGCCAUAGUGAACCAUAUUAGUACUGAGAGAAGGUCGAUUUUUGUUUAAAUGUUUUUAGUAAUUAGUGACUUUUGCUUGUAUCGUGAUGAUUUGAUGCUGACUGUUCUACAUAUGUGUAUUUUUAUUUGGUACAUAGACAGCGAUCGAGUGAUAAUAUGCAAUAAUAUGAGUUAACUUUUGUUGCAUUGGCAUUGGAUCUGCAGGGCUACCACGAGUUGGCGCCACAUUUACUCUAGCGUUUGCGUGAAUUCGACUGCGAUCGAGUUUACGCAAGUCGCUAACGUAAACGUCAAGUGUCAACUCGUGGUACGGCUACUGUUGGGUCCUUUACAAUCUAACUUUGAUAAGGUUUGUUAAAAUGGGAAUAUACAAAUUGGCCCAGUGCUUAGCAAUAAUAUGAAAAAAGAUACCAAAAAAGAUAAGCCAUUCCUGAUUUUUAAAUCGUUAAACUAUCAAAUGCUGGUCACGGCACCAAUUGAUAUAUUCACACUGCAGUCCAAAUAACUGCACGGCUACCACGAGUUGGCGUUUUACAUUUACUCUAGCGUUUGCGUGAAUUCGUUCGCAUGCCGUCUCUACCGCACUAAUCAAUGCGAUCGAAAUGGGCUGCGAUCGAGUUUACGCAAGUCGCUAACGUAAACGUCAAGUGUCAACUCGUGGUACGGCUGCUGGUUGUUUUUGAUGUUGUCAUGGUGCUGAUUGUAACAAAGUAUCGCGCAUUUACGCUAUAAAUGAAACACUGUAAGAAACACUGAUUUAAAGUUAUUUUACAGUACAUAUAGUCCUAUUUUCCCGCACUAGUGCGUAAAAUAGCACUUUUCGUGCGAUGUCAAAAGUUUAACCUUUUGAACGCCACAGACGGCAAUUGACGUCAACGCAAAAUCGUGACAACGACGCCAAAGACGGCAUUUGACGUCGAUUGUUUUUUGAUGAAAAUCUACUGAAAAACACCCCACUUUUAGGUUGGCAUUAUUUAUUCACAAAACUAAAUUUGACCCCCGUGGCGUCAGUGGCACGGCAAAUGGAUGCGCCGUUUGGCGUUCAAAAGGUUAAAGGGCCAUAUGUACUGUAAAACGUCGUACGAUACACGCGCGAAUAGGUAAUUCGUGCGGAAAGAGGAAAUUCGAAUUUCCUCUUUUCCGCACUUGUAUCGUAAAUAACUAUUUAAGGUGUCUUAUAGACAAGUUACCCAUUUGGUACAAAUGUAAUGAUAAUAUCACAGAAAUUCGAAAAUAGUUUCUUGUUUUAUUGAUAUUCUUUACGUAUUAUUUUUUCGCAUAUUAUGUAUAAUUUAUAAUUAAAUAGGGGUCACGGACAAUCAAGACAUCAAUGUUAUGACUUUUAUUAGUAUAUUUUUUACUAAAAAGGUAUAUUUUCGUUAUUCUAUCUUUUUUCGGAUAAGUGCAUGCUGGUCUUGCAAAGCAUUUUAAAUAAAAGCACUUUAAAGUGUUAUUUUUAGCAUAUUUACACUGCCAUUCUUCUCAAAAGAAUAGUGACCAACAUAGACUAGGAGUCCUCUAGACGGAGCUUAGAGCAAUUAUUUCAUGAAACCGAUGCUGCCAAAAACACAGCGGUGCGGGGAACGAGGUGAGAGGGUCCCGUGCCGUGAUUGGUCCGUUCAAAGACACGGGCGUCACACAAAGACGACUCAAAAAUCGAGUAUAACUACCGUAUAUUGUGGCAGAGGGGGUAGCGUUACUAUGCUCAGUCUGGAUGAUGUCUUGUCUGUGGUGACCAAGCAAAAACGAAAGUGUUAUAUAAAAAAAAACUUCGUAAUGUUAGUAGUUGGAGCACACAGUUAAAAAAACGCGUUUUCUAAACUAUCGUUUUUUUCGUGAAUAUUUUCAAAGUCGAUUCAUUUCAUUGAUUGUCCGUGUUCCCCAAUUCUUAAAAGAGGCUGGUAAUUAAUUCAAAUUGAUAUACUUAUACUUAAGUAAAAAAAAUCAAGUGUUUUGGGAAACAAACUUAUAAUAGAAAUAUGUCAGUGCCAAAGAUGAGAAUGGCUGGAUGGUUAUAAAAAAAAUUGUAAUUUAUGUAUUAACCCUUUUCCAGGCAACCAUAUACGCGCCAAUAAAAUUUCAACUUUAUCAUUCCGAUUCAAGGUUCAAAUUAGAUUGCACUUUCGGGAAAUGUGACUUAUCUUCAAAUGAAUCAUAAAAGCUGGAUUAAUUGGAAUAUAUUUGCAUUUUUUGAGAAAACCUUGUAAAGUGUCAUUCUAUGAAACUUGCUAACUAUGUAAACAAAAGUUACUAGUAAAUUGACAUUUAGAGAAAAUUUUAAUAUGGCGGUUUGUUUACAUAGUUAGCAAGUUCCAUAGAAUGACACUAGAUUGGUACGGCCUGGAAAAAGGUUACUUGUAAUUGAUGUUUUACUAUAUUUUCAUGCGCUAAAUUAAUGUAGAAACUUAUUUUACAGUACAUAUGGUCCUAUUUUCGCGCAUUAGUGCGUAAAAUAGCACUUUUUGUGCGUAUGUCAAAAAUUUUAAGGGCCAUAUCGUCGGGUGACAAGCAAAAGUCACUAAGUACUAUCAAAAAAUUAAAGUAACAAUGCACUUUAUUACACUUGUAACACGGUUUAUUGUCCAAUAAUUUCAAUGGUGUUAGUUAGUGACUUUUGCGUGUCACCCGACGAUAUGUACUGUAAAACGUUGUACGAUACACGUGCGUAUAGGUAAUUCGCAACUCAUGCUUCGGUCGUGCUUUAAUUUAUCGCCACUCGUUUCGAAUUUCCUCUUUUCCGCACUUGUAUCGUACUUGUAGUGUAAUGGACUGUCAAAUGGUAAUAAAUAGUUCUAAUUCAGCUGUAUUAGAGAGAACGAUUGUAGUUUAAAAAUGUCGCCAAAUCGAUUUCAAAUCAAGUUGUCAUUGUCAAGUAGAAUCGCACCAAUAAAAGUCUGGAGUGGAUUUGAUAGCCCACGCAGUGUAAGUGUUAUUUAUACGUCUUAAUUUCAUAGAAGUUUGACGUUUAAAAUGACACUUGCACUGCGUGGGCUAUCAAAAUCGCUCCAGACUUUUCACGGUCCAAAUAAUCUCUAAGUAGUAUAAAUCAGAUCAACCAAGAAAAUGUUAAGCGUCCAGCACGGCUACCACGAGUUGGCGUUUUACAUUUACUCUAGCGUUUGCGUGAAUUCGAUCGCACCAACACCAAUGCGAGCGAGAUGGACUGCGAUCCAGUUCACGCAAUCGCUAACGUAAACGUCAAGGGUCAACUCAUGGUACGGCUACUGAUUUGCAUUACACUCAAUAAUUAAAAAAAAGAUGAGUGUAUUGAGUGAUAGGGCGCUGUCCAUAAAUUACGUCAUCGAUUUUUGACGAUUUUUUUACCCCCCCUUCAAAAUCAUGCUUCGAAUGAUCCCGUUUCCUCCUAAGUCAUGCUACCAUCAUCCGAUGUCCAAGCCCCCCCCCCCCCCCUAAUUUGAAAUGACGUAAUUUAUGAAUAGCCCCUAGGACUAUCGUUUACUAUUUGCAAAUGUAGCGCGUGUUUUUCAAUUAAUUAAUAAUUUGUACGUUUACAAAUACCGUGUACAAUGUAAUUUAAAAACAUUCAUGCCAAUAACGUUAAACUUUGAUCUUAUGUAGGCUACGGUACUAGCUUACUCCCAAGCGAAUCAUACGCUUGUUUUCUAAUAUCCUCUAGCCCAGAGACCUAUAAAAAGGUCUCCUGUUCCAUUCUAAUUUGAACUUUGUGUUGACAAAAUAAAAUUUCAUUUUCCUUGGCAAGGUUUGACGUAUGGGCGGCUAGAGGAUAUAGCGGCACGAAAAAAAAAAUUUGUAUGUGGUAUUUGCAUGAAAUAAAAAUAUAUCUUGCCAUUAAUUAUAUAAAAAUCGCCAAAAUUCACGUUCCGCUUGUAUUAUCGUCAAUUAUAUUCGAUAUCUUAUAUAUUUUUGUGAAAAAAAAAUCUAUUUUGCUAUUUAAACUGUCAGUAGUGUUAAAAUAGUUGAUAGAUGUCUUCAACUGUACGUAUUAUAUAGAAACAGGGGCCUUGCCAUGAUGUCCUUAUUGCGAUUCUGUUUAGGACCUAAACCACAGAAUAAAUAAUAGCAAAGACAUAUGUAACUUCGUAUAAGACGAAUAAAGUCUAAGGAAAAAACGUGCCUCGGAAUUCAAGUAAAAGUCAUUCUCGAAUAGGUGGCGCACACACCUUUAGCCUAUCCUCGGCUAGAUGGCGUGACGACACCGUUUCAUAUUUAACAAUUUUAACACAUAGAUAUCAGUGAAUGAACAUGGAUCAAAAUGAUAUAAAAAUUAUAAAAUUAUUUAUCCAUAUAUAUACAUUUUUUGAUGACUUUAUACGUUUUCAUUUUGAGUUUUAGUCGUGUGUCGAUAGAUGGCAGUAAAUUUACAGUGACUACAAAAUUUACAAUGACAGGACCCCUCUAUACUAUCUAUUCUUUUUGAUAAUAGUAUACUACCGUACAGAAAGGAAACUUCCUACAAAACCGAAGUUUGACAGCGGUUCAGGUUCGAAUCAUGCUAUCCCUUUCUAAUACAUGGCACUAUCCCUUUCGGCUAAUUAGGGUUGUCAAAAUUCAAGUAUAAUAUCUUAUCUGUGGUCGCGCACGCACAGGGAAGUCAAGUGGUGCCAACCCUAAUAAUUGCUCGGAGCAAUGCUGAGCCGAGCGGAGCCGAGUUUUGCCGAAGUCAGGAGUUUCGCACCCCUGCCUAAACUGGCCCCGUAGACAACAUGCCAAUCGCUAAAUGCAACUGUCACUGUCACACUAAUAUGGAAGAAUGAUAGAGAGACCCAAAGCGAUUCGCUGGCGAAGCGAUAGCGAAUGUCACCUUGGCUAGGCCGCCUGAAUCGCUAAAGCACGGAGCUAUGCGACUUAUAUAACUCCGUUUAGCGAUUCAGUUUAGGACCUUAACUGAAUCGCUAAAGGACAUCUUGGUAAGGCCCCAGGACAGAGUUCUAGUAUACAUACUAUAGCUAUUAUAGCAAAUAUAAUAGAGUUAAAUCAAGCUAAUUUGGAAGCGAUUUUGAUUCAGAACCACAGAAUAAAUAAUAGUACUAGGUACAGAAGAUUCACUCUCUAGCAAAACGCAUCUAUUACGACAAAUGUGACAAGCGCGAGCAGGCGUCCCCGUUCCGUCACAGGGCGGACACGCCAUACAUCAAAAAUCAUUUGCGUUUAUAUGUGUGCGCGGCACGUCUGUACACGUGUGGGUAAGUCGCUUUACUGAGAGGACGCCAGAAGUCCGCCAGAUUCAUGUCGCGGCCAGUCGCGGGGCGAGGUAAUGCGAGUCGGGGCGGGGCGGUGCGUGGCCGUUUUGUAUGAUAAUACUAUUACUUAUUCUGUGGUUCCGUAGCGGUGCGCGGCAACUAAUAUGGCUAGACACUAAAAUUGGAGUGACCCACGCCUGACAGCACAGACUAUGCAAGUGUUAUUAAACGUUACAAUUUCAUAGAAAUUUGCGUUGGAAUAACACUUGCACAGUCUGGCCUAUCGAAUUCGGUGCUUAGCUUGGUCUCACUCUAUCAGUUUUCAUGUAGUACAAAUUGAAUACGUAGUUUGAAUAGAACUGUUAGAACCGUUUCCUAUUCCUCGAUCUUUGGAACUUAAAACUGACACAUUGAGUGCCGGGUUCUGUUAGUAGUCGCUUUCCUAUACAAAGCGGGAAAACGCUGGGAUCAGCUACGAGCGUAGCGCUACGAAAACGGCAGUAAAUGUGUUAGUGUUUAAAAAAAAAAACCAACAAUAUUCGCAAGGAAUUUCAGUCUAUGUCUUAUGGAUAUAGAGUAGAUAUUCCUUUAUCGUCUUUCUGAGUCGUUUAAAAUUAAAAAUGUACCUAUUAAAAUAAUGUAAGGUUGAGUUUUUUUGUAAAUAUUCUUCGUAAGAGGUUUCGAACGUGACUGUGGAUGUGAAAUACAAAUAAAUAUAGAUAAGAGUAGAUACA